AUGUCCUUCUUCCAACGCUUAGCACCCACGAGACGCACCACAUCGAAUAAACGAGAGGACCCGACACUCACCCUCCAUGUCCCAGCUUACGGCGCUCUCUACCUCACGAGACAAGUCCGACCUUUCGGCGUCCAAGAGGAUGAGGGGUAUCACAGCGAACCGUAUUCUCUGAGGGGUUGGGUACAGGUCAAAGUUCCUGCGGAUCACGGGCGAUGUCGGUGCAAAUCCAUCAAGGUGGCGUUCAAGACGAUCUGCAGGCUGGCGAUGGGGCCGAAUCGGGGCUGGGAGGAGGAUGUCAUAUUUGAGCGGGAAGAGUUACUGGAGGAUGAAAAUGGUAUCUGGUUCGAGGAAGGCAGUACGAGAUACGAGUUCGCCUUCACACUCCCGGACGGUGUACCCGCUAUGGACUGGCAUGAGAACGCCAAGAUCCGUCACGAGCUACAUGCGGUCGUCGAGGGCGUCCCUCCGCAGUCCCAUGGAGUCCGACUCUUCCAGUCCUUACGCGCAUCCUCGCCCUCGGCUGGUCCGAGCAGGAGCAGAGGACGGUCUCCUGCUCCAAGCCGACACCACUCUCCUACUGCUUCUCGCGGUCGGUCUCCCCUCCCCUCGCCAUCCCCAUCCCGACCACCCUCUCCUCCUGUCGGCGAAAUGUCCGCUUUACGGCUGGACAGCCCAUCGAUCUCGCUCAUACAUCGUCACACGAACAGUAGUCUUCCUCAAACGCCCUCAUACGAUGAUGUCGCGGGUCCGUCGUCAGAGGGUCAGGACUGGCUGGAGGGGACUUUUGCAGUCAAAAGAAAUAUCAGGGUGGUCUGGAACCCUAACCCCACUGGCGGCGUCAACUCGCUGGACGAGAAGGUGCGGGAUUCGGCGAGCGAUCUGGGAGAGUACGAGGUCCACUUCAAGGCGCCAAUAUGGACCGUCUGCUGCGUCAUGCAUACCCGAAUCCACUUUCAACACCUUCCGCCCACCGCUACCAUCUUCUACAUCCGUAUCGACCUCGUCCAGACUGUAGUACUUCGGUCUCCCCGAGAUCGAGGUCCCGGAUCGGAGGAUAAAGCUAUCCAUACCACUCGGCGUCACAUCAUCAGCAAGCAGGGCAACCGCCCGGCCAAGGAAGUCAAGAAACCAGAUGCGAGCUUCCAUGCGGUUUGGCGAGGCGUGAACGCAGGCGGAGAGGAUGACGGCGAGUUCAACAUGGUCACCAAGGGGCGGCUGCCAAAUGAUGUGGAUUCUAGGCCGUCUACUCUGGAGGGCGUCGAGACUCCUGUUCAUGUUUCCCAUCAGCUUCAAGUCGAGGUCGUUUAUUCUAUCUGGGGUCAGGACCAUCUUGGCGCUCCCCUCCACAAAGCUGGACCGGGCGAACAGCGGACGAGCAUGAUCGCACGCUCGGUCACCCUGCCUGGGUGCCCAAACAUACCCGAAAAUGUUGGUCUACCAGAAUACGUCCCCGAUCCUGCCUCCCGAUUCUCUCAGCCAAAUACACCGUGCCCACUCUGCAAGAUACCUCCGGAAGAUCGAUACUGCACCAAGUGCCCAUUCGACCGGGCGGUACAUCCUCGGCAUGACCACAAUCCCAAAGUCGUAGGAUCACCGGACGGAGUCUGUCCGGUAUGCUCGGUCUUGGUGGUCCACGAGGGAGACAAGCACUGGACUGCCUGUGCCUGUGCGCUGGGUUUCGAAGAGAUGGAGAGACUAGGGGAAAGUGUCGAGCGGGCGGGAGGGGCGGCUGCUGUGAGGAGGUGGGAGGAGGAUGAGAAUUACGGAAAGGAGGAGUAUGAGUACGCCCGCGGACGGCAGAUUCAGCGGUGA